AGUUCAUUCUUUGAAAACAAACAAACCAACAUGAAUUCCUUCGCUUUCCUAUUGCUCUGCGCUCAGGCCUGUCUAAUCCAGGCGGUGUACAGCGAAUGCGAUAGUGUUAACGCUCCGGCUAACAAAGCUGCUGCUGCUGCAGCCAAUGCCGCUGCUGCAGCCAACGCCGCUGCUGCAGCUAACGCUGCUGCUGCAGCCAACGCCGCCGCCGCGGCUAGAGGUCCUAGCUUUGGUGCUAGAUGGGCUGGCCCAGCGGCAUACAUUCCUGAGGCGUACCAUGGCCAUGGUGCCGGCAACGUUGCGGUGUCGGGUGAUCUGGGCGUGGCUGGCGCCACACUGGUCAAGGGUCAAGUGCCAGUACUCGGCGAUGUACAUUUCAAGGGACAAGUGCCUGCUGCUGGUGCCGUCACUAUCUCCGGAUCUUGCGGAUGCGGAUGCGAAUACUGAAAAUCAACAAACUAAAAGCAUACAAUAAAUGUUUUUUGAACAGCAACUGAA